AUGGCGAGUUUCGCUCCUGAGGCCAAAGUCACAAUCACCACAACCCACGUAUGCAAAUGCACAGCAUGUUUUCACACGUCAAGCUCAGAACUUCGACAGUGCGCUCUUCAGGACCACAGUUUGGUGGUAGUUGCUGAUGCCUGGCGAUUUGACAGAUGA